GUCACCUGUACCUGCUCCAAACUCUAGUGAGAGAUUAUAUAGAUAGUAUUUGACGAGAGUAACUACAGCACCAACAUAAACACAAACUCAUCGUUUCCACUACGCCCUCAUUUCCCUUCCCCUGUUUCCGCCCCCCGUUCUCCUCCCCCGCUUCAAAUAAAUAUAUAAAUAUAAAUAUUCCCCGCAACCUCUCUCUCUCUACACCUUCGUAGAGAGAGGAAUCUUUUCCUCCCCCGCUCUCUCUCUCUCUUCCUUAUAUAAACCCCCCCCUCUCCCUCUCGUGAUCUCCGUACACCCCUCCCUUUCCUCCUCCUCCUCCUCCUCCUCCUAGGGUUUGCGAUUCAUCUCAUCCAGAUCGAUCCCGAUUGCGGCGACUGGAGCAUGGAUCGCGCGGAGAGCAAGUUCGUCGCCGGAGGAGUCCUCCUCCUCGCCACGAUCGUCUUCGUGAAGCUCGUCGCCGCGCUCCUCCGAUCGGGGCCGGGGAAGCGGCUCCCCCCCACGGCGAAGGGGCUCCCGCUCCUCGGCGGGCUCCUCCGGUUCAUGAAGGGCCCGAUCGUCAUGGUGAGGGAGGAGUACGCCAAGCUCGGGAGCGUGUUCACCGUGAAUCUGCUGAACCGCAGGGUCACCUUCUUCGUCGGUCCCGAGGUGUCGGCGCACUUCUUCAAGGCGCCCGAGGCCGAUCUGAGCCAGCAGGAGGUCUACCAGUUCAACGUCCCCACCUUCGGCCCCGGCGUCGUCUUCGACGUCGACUACUCCGUGCGCCAGGAGCAGUUCCGGUUCUUCACGGAGGCGCUGAGGGUCGCGAAGCUGCGGAGCUAUGUGGAUCAGAUGGUUCUAGAGGCUCAGGAGUACUUUUCAAAAUGGGGAGAGAGUGGCACUGUGGACCUAAAAUAUGAGCUGGAGCACCUCAUCAUAUUAACUGCAAGCCGAUGCCUGCUCGGUAGAGAAGUUCGUGAGAAGCUGUUUGACGAUGUGUCCGCCCUCUUCCACGACCUUGACAACGGCAUGCAGCCCAUCAGCGUGAUCUUCCCCUACCUCCCCAUCCCGGCUCACCGCCAGCGCGACCGCGCCCGUGCCCGCCUUGCUGAGAUCUUCGCCACUAUCAUCAAGGCCCGCAAAGCCUCUGGCCAGUCAGAAGAAGACAUGUUGCAAUGCUUCAUCGAUUCGAAAUACAAAGACGGCCGUCCCACCAGUGAAAGUGAAGUGACCGGCCUCCUCAUAGCCGCCCUCUUUGCCGGUCAGCACACUAGCUCCAUAACUUCCACCUGGACCGGUGCCUACCUCCUCCGCCACCGAGAGUUCCUCGUGAACGCGGUGGAGGAGCAAAAGGAAAUUUUGAAAAAGCACGGCGAGAAAAUUGACCAUGAUAUUCUGUCAGAGAUGGACGUUCUUUACCGUUGUAUUAAAGAAGCGCUAAGGCUGCACCCGCCAUUGAUCAUGCUUCUCCGACAGUCACACUCGGAGUUCACAGUGAGAACUCGGGAAGGGAAGGAGUACGACAUCCCCAAGGGGCAUAUAGUGGCCACCUCCCCAGCCUUUGCGAACAGGCUAUCUCACAUCUACAAGGACCCCGAUACAUAUGAUCCGGAUAGGUUCUCGCCCGGUAGGGAGGAGGACAAGGCAGCGGGGGCGUUUUCGUACAUUUCUUUCGGCGGCGGGCGGCACGGGUGCCUCGGUGAGCCAUUCGCCUACUUGCAGAUAAAGGCGAUAUGGAGUCAUCUUCUACGAAACUUCGAGUUCGAGCUCAUCUCGCCUUUCCCUGAGAACAAUUGGAAUGCGAUGGUCGUUGGGGUUAAGGGCGAGGUGAUGGUGAGGUACAAGCGACGGAAGCUGACCGUCGACAACUAAUUUAUCUCACAAGCUGGUAUGGUGGUUCACUUAUCAGCUAUUAGUCUCUCUCUCUCUCUCUCUCUCUCUCUCUCUCUCUCUCUCGUCUUAUCUGUUUCCUUUGUAUGAGUUGCCUUCUUAGAUUACUCUCCGCUUUGAAUGUCUGUGUUUGGUUUUGGAACUUCUUUUUUUAAUUCUUUUUUCUGUAUUGUUUCCAUGUGUAGUGGUUUCUGUUGAUCAGGUAGUGUAUUGCUUUAUGUCGCGAUUUGUGUUGUUAUCUUGAAACAAUUGUCUAUUUAUGUAGUGUUACUGAGUGAGUUAUUUCGAUGAACUGUUUUAUGUUUCGUCCGCAAAAAUUGCUAAAAACCUGUAGAUUAAGUAAACAUUUUGCUGAGCGAGUUAUUUGGAUGAA